ACUAAGACUAAUUUACAUGACGCAAUUUAACAACAUAACUGUGGCGCAGAUAUCAUAAAAACGACUUGUUAAAAUCUGUGGAAUCAGGUGACUUGGAUACUGCCAUAAACUCUGAAGUGUUUUCAUCCACUGCGUCUUUGUUUACAAGCUGCUUGUCAACAGCUCAGAUUGACCAGAAGUAAUAUAGAUUAUUGCAUGCUAAAACAAAAGGCACCAGACACAGAUUUGAAGCGAGGAAUGGCAAAACUGAUCAGCCGGACGGGUUUCCUUUCCUACACCUCGGGGCUGUCAGCAUUUAGGGCCGCCAUCAUCCAAGGUCAUCGCACUUUCUCUGAGUCGACCAAACACAAGCAGAACAACGGGGAGGACAACUCUGGUAGGACCCCGUACACCCUGUGGCCCGAUGCCAAGCUAGGUCCGCUAGCCCCACAGGAUCCACGUUUUCCUCUCCCGGGCAACGUCGGCCUUGGAUUGAAGCUGCAGCCCCCACAGUCUGAGAUCCCCAGCCCAUCAGCAGGUCCAGAUGUACUAACACACCCCCUACCAUCAGAUAGACAUGCCAUUGUGUGGGCUUACUAUGUACAGGCUGUGUCAGAGGCUCAAUCUGAUUCUGAGAUCAAGGAAGCUUACAAUGCUCUUCGUAACCAUCCCACAGCACUGGAGUGCAUCGCUCAGGCUUGUCCAGAUAGCCUCAGGAAAGGAUUCAGUGAGUUAUUCCCAAGCAGCGAUAUAGGAUCAGAUGCCAGUUUAACAGUAGUCACCAUGUGUCAAAGAACACAACACGACAUGUCAACUUGGUCAUCGGACGUAGAGGAAGAGAGAGAGGAACUUCUAGAACAUUUUGUGAUGAGUGCUAAGGAGAUUUGUAAGAUCCUUAGAGAUGCUGGCUACUGGGCUGACUUUAUAGAUCCGUCAUCUGGACAAGCUGUAAGUACAUGUAGAACUUAUUUUAUCUGUUAACUCUCG